UCGCGGGGCUGGCCAAUUGUCGCGGAACCGUUGUCGUACAUACUGCAACCGUGGUAUCAUAUUUAUAACUGUUGUGUGUUUGUUUUGCGCGCGUAACUGGUUUAUCCGUUCGAGUCCCGUACCCGAGAUCGCAGCAUUGAUCCAUAAAAAGUCUGUCCGCCCGUUUUUAUUUUGUUUUCAUAUUAUACUGUUCGCAUUGGAUUUCUUCAGAUUUUUCGCGUGCCAACGAUCGACCAUCGAAAUAAAUAGUAAUUAACCAUCCGAAAACAACCACUCCCGCAAAUCAACGUCAGAUCGAUCACGCAGAGAAUUUCCUUGAGCUGUCCAUACGUUGUCGCAUCGUCGCCCCCGAACCGAUUUUGAAUAUAGAUAAUUGAAGUCAAAAUAAAUACCAACAAUAUGGGAAAAUUGUCUUUGGCCGUGGUUACGAUUUUGGUGGCUACAGUAACCGCAUAUCCAAGUAAACCGUCGUUCCUCGGGUGUCAGAGCUCAGAAGACUGUGGCGUGGACGAAUGUUGCGUUUUAGGUAUGAUGCGGUAUAGCGUACCCACUUGCAGACCACUGGGUGAAGAGGGUGAUACGUGCCGUCCGCAUUCUGGCGACGUCCAACCUCAGAACAUUACCGUCACCUACCCAGACGGAUCGUCUGCCGAUUUGUAUGUCCACACGAUGCUGUGCCCGUGCGCCACUGGACUCGAGUGCUCGGAUGGUAUGUCAUGUACCGGGUUGGACGGGGCCGGCAAGCUGUUGUUGCGCGAGGACUACACGGACGUGGAUGACCUCAAUAACCUGCGACGAUAAACAGCCACAUAGUUGCGAUAUUCCCAUCGCUAUAUUAUCUUUAAUUAUUAUUAUUAUUAUUAUUAUUAUUAUUAUUAUGAUUAAUUAUUAUUUUAUUGAUUUAUUGUUUUCAACACUGGCGCGACACUAAAAAAUGAAUAUUGUAAUAUCACUGUUAUAAUAUACACGUGCCUAAUAUUUUUUUUUUAUAAUACUACCUAUAAUAUAAUAAUAUAUUACACGAGUCCUAUUAUUAGAUAUAGGUACUAUAAUAAUACUGCAAUGCAAAUAGUGCAAUAGAUACACUCCGCUGCAGAUCGUCCGACAAUUCGUUUUGAAGAUUUUAAUCCGUAUUUUUACUUUCAAUAUUUAUCUUAACAAUCAUAUUAUUAUUGGUCGUUAUUUUUAUGUUACACCUAUUUAUAUCCACAUUCACAAUUUGAAAAAUGACAUUAAAUUAUUUCAAUUUGCAAAUGUUUGAAAACUGUUUUACGUGUGAUCCAAAUUAAGACACAAAAGCCAUUGUGGAAGGGAGAAGAGCAUGACAGUUAUUUUAUUCAUUAAAAUACAGUUUCUACGAAUGAGAGGUAUGCAUAUGUUUAUAUGAUCUGCGCGACUGUAAUUUAGCCUAAAUCGCUUAUUGUGUCUGUGUCAAUAAACAUAUAAAUUCAUAAUAUCAAUAUGUUUUCCGAAUAUUUCCAUAAAAUAUCUCAUCACACCAAGAGUCAAUUCAUCGAAUUCAAUUCACUUUUCGUGUACUGCAAUACUUUAAACGAACAUGUUUAAAGGAAUCGGAAAAAAUCUUUCGCAGUCUGGAUAACGCCAUUAUAAUAGCAGCAUAAUAUUAUCAUUGUAAAUUAUUGUAAUGCGACUAAUAUGUAGUGGUUCCGUAGUCGUCGAUUGUGUAACGGUUACACAGUAACCGGACGUGGUAAUCGUAAUACAUCGUAAUUACCAUACGCGUAUCUACGUAUAUUAUAUACGAUAGUACGAUACAAUAAUAAAUAUUUUAAUACAUAAUUACACGUGUGGUGUGAAUAACAAACGUAAGGUAGAACCGGUAACCGCGAUCACAGUGGCACGUUUCGAUAAUUUGACGGGUGCGUCAAACAACAAAUUAAUUAUAAUAUUAUAAUAACUCAUCAUACAAGUAUCCCAUAAUAUUAUUAUAAUAGCUAUACGCGUAAAAUAAUUAUCGUACCCCAUUACACCAAAACAACACACGCGCAGUAACAUUAUUACACCAAAAUUCGUUUUUGCGACUCUACAGAUUUCUGCAACGAGAACAUAAUAUCUCGGUCAAGUUCACCUGGAAUUUACAGAAACGAUUUCCGCUGUGCUCCUAUAUACUAUAUAAUAUAUUACUAUAUUAUAUUAUAUUAUAUUAUAACUAUCGAAAUAUGUGGUGUAGUAUUAUUUUAUAAUUUACGUUACAAUGUAUAAUAAAUUAGUAUAAUCGUCUGCACAACUGCAGUUGAAUUGUUGUCGGUUGCAAUAAAAUUCAUAAUAAUUA